AUGCUGAUUGAGGAGGGGUUUAGCUUUCUACCCUUGUUGGGAGGCGCGUUUGCAAGGUGCCGCUUUGCCCAGGCCUUGGACGCCCCCUUCCGCCUCUCUCCCUUCUCACCGGAUGCUCUCCUGCCCCCCCCCCCCCCCGCCCACACGCACCCCUAUUCUACUCCUUCCCUUCCGAUCCUCGAGACCUUGGAAACGUGUGGCGUAGGACAUGCCUGGCCUCGGCAUGAGGGCCCGGAUCUGCUGCACCGUCCGCGGCGGCGCGAGGCCCGGGAGAGCUCUGCGCAGCCACCUCAAGCCCAUCCUGCUCCGGAUCAUCCGGAGGGUCGUGCAGCGGAAGACACUGCCCCACUCCAUGCUCCUGGUCCUGAAGAAGAGGGCCCCUCCCUCGGAAAGCGGGAAGCGUGGCUAGGAGCGCAGCCUUGGGGUCUGGAUGGCGCCCACCUGCCUUCACGUCGAGAAAAGGACGAGAUGGAAAGCCAUUUGGAGGCGCCUUCUAAGGUCUGCUGGGAGGGAAACAAGCCAAGGCUCCCCGGGAUGCGGGAUUUCUUCAGAUCCAGAGGACGGCUGUCGUUCGCCUUGAGAAAAAUUCGGAGGACGUUCCUCCUGCAGUUCUCUAAAUAAACGGUUUUUGGCCCCCUC